GCUCGGGUCGGCGUCGUCGUCGUCGUUCUGCUCUCUCUCUCGCCGGCCGCCGUCUCUCUCUCUCUGCUCGGUGCUGCUGCCGCCGCUGCCGGCCCCCUUCUCCCCCCGAGGAAGGAAGCUGCGCAGGAUCCGACCCCCCGAGCCCAGCCCGCCUGGAGACGCCGACGGAGGAGGCGGAGGAUCCGGCAGGAGAAUCCUGUUCUGGAACCUGAAGGCUGAAUUUUUAGGAUCCCACAUCUAGGAUCUAGCUCGGCUGUUUCAUAAGGACGGAUUUGUUAAGGUUAGCUCAAGAUGGGAGACCAGAGGCAACGCUCAUUGUCUACGUCUGGGGAAUCAUUGUACCAUGUUCUAGGACUGGACAAGAACGCCACCUCAGAUGAUAUUAAAAAGUCAUACAGGAAACUUGCAUUAAAAUAUCACCCCGAUAAGAACCCAGAUAAUCCGGAAGCUGCAGAGAAAUUUAAAGAAAUCAACAAUGCACACGCGAUAUUAACUGAUGCUACAAAACGAAAUAUUUAUGAUAAGUAUGGCUCCUUGGGUCUGUAUGUAGCAGAGCAGUUUGGAGAGGAGAAUGUGAACACGUACUUUGUGCUAUCCAGCUGGUGGGCAAAGGCGCUGUUUGUGUUCUGUGGACUCAUCACGGGCUGCUACUGCUGUUGCUGUCUCUGCUGUUGCUGUAACUGUUGCUGUGGAAAGUGUAAACCGAAACCCCCUGAAGGUGAAGAGCAGGAAUACUAUGUCUCCCCUGAAGACUUGGAGGCACAGCUACAGUCAGAUGAGAGGGACACCUCAGAUACACCUAUUGUGAUACAGCCAGUCUCAGAGACGACCCAGCUCACAGCGGACUCCCACCCCAGCUACCAUACCGAUGGAUUUAACUAAGUUAAGGAAGCACUGUUAACUAGAAUGGAUAAGAAUAAAUAAUAUGGCCAAUCCAGCACUAGAAUCAUGGACAUUAGAUAAUAGAGUACGGGGAAGGGAGACGUCCUGCCACACUUAGAGGGCAGCCUCCAACCUGCUGAGAAUAUUUUGUAAUCCCUUCGCCUUUUGUCACCUUCAGUGUCGUAUCUUGAUGAUACAUGGAUGAUACUGUAGCAUGCAGUAUUUAAAGCAGUUUAGCUUUUGGUCUUAUUUCGUUUCCUUUUUUAAAAAAGAAAAAAAUUUAGCAUGUGUGGAGUUUUAUGUUAUAAAUGUCUUUGUGUUGUAAUGUAUUGAGGAGUUAUCACAACGAGUGUGAUGGAUACAUUCUGCAUUUUAAGCAGCGAUACCAGCCAAAAAAAAACAAUGAGCAUUUUUCAAAGAGAAUUUAAAUUUGCCACAGAAGCCACCACACUUCCAUACAGUUGAGCUACAAACAUCGCUUGAAGGCGGCUGUUGAUCAUCCACUUGAUAGCAACUAAGAUUUCCAGUAUAUCCCAACUGCCCCUGUCUCAAGAGCUAACCUUGAAAAUGGCUGAUGUUGCAUGGAAGGGAUUUUUUUAAAAAGGGAAAAAAAUGUUCCCUGCACAUCUGUUUCAUCUUCUGAGUGUCAGUGGCUUUAUAGUUAAGAUGUUCUUGUAUAGGAGAGGGCCAAAAUGUUGGUUUUGUUAUAAAACCAGGCGUUACUUGAAUUAUCUCAAAUUAAAGUGCACACUAGUUUUGUUUAAAUUUAAUCAUUCCCCUGCACUAUUUAUGAUCAGUUACUGCCAUUUUUUUUUACUUGUGCAUGAACAUGGAAAACAGAAACUCAUGUAUGCUCUCACUGUCGCAUUUGAAUGAAGUCUAAGCAAAUAAAUAGUCAAGCAAAGUUUAGAUUUCUGUUGUUCGAAUAUGCAUUGCUUUUUACAUUUUUACAAGCACCUCUUAAAAAAGAAAACUAAGGCCACUUUACACAUGCAUUCUAGGUAUGCAUCUAAGAGUACUUAAAAAAACAUUUCUAGGAUAAAUGCUGCAGGUACAGGCAUACUUAUCAGGGGACUGAGAUUGGCUGUGGCUCCCUUUUGAGUGUUCACUGGGUGGCAAGCUUCAGUUUGCUGCUAUGUGAUGUAGGAAACAGAUCUAUGCUGACUGGCUCAGCAGACAAAACACAGCGUUUUGGAGCUGAGGCACCAAGUCUUCUAUCUGUAGCUACAGCCAUGUGGCUUCCUAGCACAAAUUUGAUUGCCUCUGUUCUACCUUGCUAAAAUGGGGUCAGUAAGUCUGAUCUGCUCUAACCAGUGUGCAGUGCUUUACAAAAUUGGAGCACUGCGUGGUUGAUUAAUUAGUAUUGCUGAAUGGUUGUCAAAUAACUAAUCACAUCUGUUUCCUUGUAUGUUAACCCGUGAAAUGAUUUGCACGUGUUCUUUUUAAAGAUAAUGUUUAUUUUGUUUGGGGUUUCCCUUACAUCUCCCUUCAUUGAUAACUUUGUGAUGGAUAUUCUGGAACGGUUUCCCUCUCUGCGGUAGAAAAAAAAAUUAUGAAUGGAAAUUGUGUGUGUGUUUGUGUGUGAAUGUGGGGGCAUCAUGAGGCUUCCUUAGGUAUCUCAGCAACUUAUAUUCUCUAAUUCUCUGCUAUUGUUUGUUUAGUCUCAUUUUAGAAAAUGUUCAAUCCACUUAAAAAUGCAUCACCCAGGGACACUGAGCUUCAGGACUGCUGCUGCUUUUGAAUUUCAGAGCUCAGAUCAGUCUGUUCUGUUCUCUUUUUCUCUGUCCCCCCGCCCCCCAAUUUUGUCUCUCCUCCUUUUUGGAAUUAACUGUGGCUGUCUCUUCUUACGCACCAUUCUGAGGUGGUACCAUUUCAGACUGCAAGUGAGAGAUGCCAAUAUGAAUAUUCCCCAGGGCGUGUGGAGAAAAGCAAAGUCAAUGCAAAUAGAAAAAUUAACACAUAAGGGAAAGCUAGUCUGAUUGAGCCCUUUGCCUGUUGCACAAGUUUAUUGGGGAGCAUUGUAGAAAUGUCUUGCCUUGUCUGCAGUCUGAAAUAGUGCAGUCGGGCUCUGCCACCACCUCCUCAGCAUCCCACAGUCUCGUAAUGCAGAUCGUGUGGGAUGAGGCCUGACUUUGUUCUACAUGCGUUCUGCUUCCCCACAAGCAGGGUUUGCUUUCUUUGCAGGACUUCAUCUUCCUUACACCUGACCUGAAAUCUGUACUAAAGGAAAGAUCUUUGAAAGCUUCUUAACCAUAUGGACCAAAACUGUCUUUUGAAAGCCGAGCCAGCUCUUUUCUUUCCUCUCCUGCCCUCUCCAGUCUUCUCCAAAGGUGCCCAAUAUGGCAUGUUCACUUUACUUAGGUUAGGCAGAAGGGCAGUUCUUAACAUUUGGGUGAGCUAACACAUUAUUAACACUCGUUUUGAUAUUGCACCCUUAGUUUUCGGCUAAAUACCCUGGACAGCUCAAUACUUUAAUAUUCCUUGAAUCCACCUGCAUGAUUCAAAGUUAAUAUAUUUCAGACUUGUAUCUUUCUCUAGGCGAAAACAGGCUUAUCAUGCAUUCCUAGUGCCUGUCACUGGGUUUUAUUCAACGUCCCAAGCCCAGGGGUUAGAGGACAACACACACACACACACAGAUUUACAUAUCUAGACUUGAAAGCCUCAUCCAUCUUGUUGAGGGUUACAUGGAGGGUAUAAUAUGGAGAAUUUAUAAAAGGUGACAGAGUUCUUUGCCUAAAAGUAAAGUAUGAUCUCAGCUGCGCUCCUGCUGCCCGGCUUCAGUCUUGAUUUUAACAUAACUAAAAUUGCCAACUUGGACUGAUUUCAUGACCUAACAACAUUGGCGCUCCAGAGCAAAACAUCUAGUGAAGAACUUGGGCCAUGAUCCGGUGUCAGGCUGGAUUUUACAAACAUGUAAUAACCCCUAAACAGUUUGCUGCCACUGGAAACAAGCUGCUUCAAUCUCUAGCAUAGUUAAUUGUUUCAAUAGAGUUUCAAGGCACUUUCCCCCCUCCCUUCUCCUUCUCAGUCUUGGAGUUCAGAGUACUGUAUCGCUAUUUGUGUUCACUUAAAGUAGAUCAAUUUAUUAAUCAUUUUGCUGUUGGGCAAUGAUUUCAUAAUCAUUCCAGUAGUGAUUUGGGGGUAAAGCUGUAGUACCUCCUGUGUUUUCUUACGCCAUUGUGUCCUUUAGAUUUGCAUCCCACUGAAGCUUGUUCUAAAUAUCCAUUAAUUGCUAAGCUAAAAUGCCAGGAUGAAGGUGCUUCACAUAGUCUUAAACACAGUCUCUGCUCUCUGUUCCUAACGUUGUGCUGCUGGACACAGGGAACCGGGGCUCUUUCAAAGUCUGAUUGCUGUUUGAUAUAAAGGAAAGUUUCUAAUUCGAAUUUCUAAUAGCUCUAUGUUCAACUGGAGGCAAACAAAGCUGAAAAUGAUUUGAGAGGAGUUUCACUUUCCAUUGCGUUUGUGUACUUGCUGUAAGUCUUCUUGUUGCUGCCUCUGGACAAACAGGACUUGAGUGUUUUUGAGACCGUACCAAAGUCAUUUAAUAGAAGGUGAGAGUGGGGGUGAGCAUACGUGAUUCUGAAUGUGAGCCUUCUUUCAAGCUACCUUUAAAAUUUCUGGAACAAAACCCACAUCCAUCUGUCUUCAGUCUUAUUUAUCAAGUCCACUACCUCAUCCCCUUACAGCAGUUUUCCUUUAGACUGCCAUGACUCACUCUUUCUCAAUUUUUCAAACUCAUAUUAUGUUGUUAGAAGACUUGCAGAGGGUUGUCCUUCAGUCCUGUUUAACUGUGUCAAAACCAGUGGAUCCGGCCAAUUAAAGUGAGUUCCACGUGGCUUUGUGAUAGGCAUUUAUAAUGCACCAAGCCGCCACAAGCCCAGAAGUACCUGCUCUGCUUUGCAUGGUGGCCAAACCACAUCCUAGCUCUGGCUCUUUGGCUCAAUUCAGCUCCCAGGGACGUGAAUAUGUGAGUCGCAGAGCAUCUUUCCCCGCCCCCUCACUAAAACCAACACAGCUUUUUUUCAUUUGGAGCUAGUGAGAAUGAAGCGAGAGAUGAAAAAUGGGCAAUGAACUUUUAAAAAGUCCAUUGGCGCUGGCUUACAUGAAGAACGUUCACUGCCAAUGCAUAUGAAACUUUUGCACCAUUUUUCUAUGCUUAAAUGUGUUGCCAGCCAAUUAAAUUAGUGUUUUCAUUUUUACUUUAAGUGAUGCUAGCAUUCACAAGCAUCUUCAUGAACCUGCCCAUUUUGCUCUCAGAUUGCAUUCAGGGAGCUGGCUGUGUUAGGAACUCCUGUCGUUAACCUGCUCAUUAUUGCCCAAUCGUUAGACCACUUGUGCAGAGUCAGGGAGGAUCUGUACAGCUUCCCGUGGCACGGAGAGCUUUGCGGGCUGCUGUUUUGAUUACCUGGGAGAUGCAAUUUGGGGCUAAUGCGACCUGAGGAAGGUUGGUAGCUUGCUGGUUGGACUUCCAAGCUUCUUACUAAAUCACGCCAAGCCACAGGCUUGCACCCGGAAACUUGCUUUGAGCGCUGAUUCUCCAUCCCUUUCCCAACACAGGAGUGACCCUGGGAGGCUUUCCUGUGUCUGAAAAUGUAUCAUGGAUGCACUGAUUAGAUAUAACUGCUGUGGAAAAGGUACACUGCUCUCAGAGCUACUAAGAACCAGAUGUUACGUUUUCAGACACCAAAGUGCCAAGUCCUGAUGUGUUCAGGAAAACUGUCGCUUGGGAAACUGGUCUUAAUUUAUUCUACAUUCCAGAUGAGCUCCAAAUCCCCUCUGCAACAGCUGCUGUUGAAGUGAUAAAAAAAAAAUAGUCGUUUGGUGCAAUGAGCAAUGCAGUCAUCCUUUGUUUGGGGAGCCAAGGGGCAUUGUACCUACGAAUGCUAAAUAAAUUUCACAGGCUGUGUAUGUAUGAAUCUGUUGUUUUUAUCUGUAUAUACAUGAAUAUAUAAAACACUUACCUAAGUUCUUGUAGCACUUGUGGGUAGAUUUCUGCCAUUUCUGAUGUUACCAAGCGCUUUUUCUUUCAGCUUAGUAACUUCCAAACAUUGCUUCUCUCCACCCCCCUUUUCCUUUAGCCCUCACAGUAGUCAAUAAAAUGUGAUGCUCCAUAACAUUUCAUUGCAUAGUAGCCUAUCAUGAGAGCACCCCGCCCAAGCUUAUUCAAUGGCAGAGUUUCACAUUAUGUUCUCAGUGAUGUGGUGGUGUUGCUGGGGGGUCUGCUGUUCGAUCAGCAACCCUUGCGACAGUUUUUACCUACGUUACAGGUGGAGGUGGGAACUGUGCCCUGAUUCUAGGAGCCUCCUGCAGCAAUAGGGGCUCCUGCAAACAAACGCAUCAAGAAUGGACAGCGAAUGCAUGUCCUUAAAAAAACCAAAACCCUGAACAUGUCGGCUUGAUUCAAAGAGAAGGCAGCAAUAUCCUGAGAGGCAAAGAGGUCUUUCUGGGAUGGUUGUCAGGGGUUGAAGUGGAGGGGAAGGUGGCUUCUGAAAUAGUUGCAGGGCAUAGCUCUAAGCUCUUUCUAGCGGCAGCGUAUUUAACAAAGUGGGGCAUAGCAUGGGAAAUUGUAGGAUGAGUGCUUGCAUUGCUGUGGUUCUUUUCUGUUGGUAAUUCAGCUUUGACUGUUAAGGAGAUGAGUCGAUGUGAUUGUCUAAAGCAGGGGUUGGCCACCUGCAGCCCCCGGGCCACAAGCAGCCCACGGGGUCGUUUAAAUGGCCCACGAGCCGCCCCUGAACCAAGCCGCCCACUCGGCAAGUCUCCGCACACUGUGCUAAACCGGCACAGCGCGGAGUGGGGACUCGCUCCCACGGUGCCAGAAAUCACAUCUGCGCAGACACAAAUGCUGGAAAUCGCAUCUGCGCAGAUGCGAUCCAGCCCAUGGAGUGAUCUCCGCAGGAGUGAACUGGCCCAGGCGAGGUAAACCUUGCUGACCCCUGACCUAAAGACCCCAAAACUAGGCACGACAGAGACAGCCUCCCCCCUUCCCUGUUGGAAGAAGAAGACAGGGACCCUUCCUGUCUUUCCAUUGUUUCUUUACCUCGCCCCGCAGUCCCGUUGCCUAAUUAUUAGACUCUAAUCUGUAGGCCAACAAUAACACUUGACAUUUGAUUUUUGGUAUUUUGCUGGAGGCAAGCCAACCCAAAUUGUUUAAUUGCACAGCGCAAGACCUGCAGCUUAUUUUCGUUUCGAUGUUUUGACUCAGCGAUCUUAUUUUCCUUUUUGGUACGCCUGUGUGUUGUGUGUCGAUGGGUGGGCUGUGUGUGUAUGUAAUGAACCUGGAGAUUUGCCAAGCUGCAGAAGCUGUAGAAAUUGUGUUUUCCAUAUUAGUCUUGUGUGUGUGUGUGUGUGCGUGUGUGCGUGUGUGUGUUGCGUCAUUCAGCUACUGCUGGUGUUCUAUUAAUUUUUGUAUCAUCAUCAUCUCCUCCUCCUGCUGCCCCUUCUCCUCUAUUGGGGAACAUGGUAUGUGUUUUUUGUUUUGUGUAGCUAUCACUCUAUUCAAGGCAGCCUCUUCUUGCAUAUGAGUAAAAAAAGUUAGGAUGAACUGUGGCCCAGUCAGCCAUUGCUCCUUUCAUGCCGUUCCUUUCAGUGAAGGUUUGCAAGCCCCAUUGAAAUGAACCAUGGCUCCAGAAAGCAAAGUUUGGUAGAUUCCAUCAUACACUUGUUGAUUUUUAGUAAGAUUUGUUGUGGCCUCUCCUGAAGUCUGUGUGACCUGAUGAAGAUGUAUCAAGAGUCUCAUAUUGCACUUGUACUUGCUGGAGAAAAGGGGAAAUCCAGAUUUUUUUUUUAAAUUAAGAAAAAUGUUAGUUGUAAAGAACAAUCAAAAAGUAUAAAUGCAUUUGAAAAGCAAUUAUAUAUAUAUACAUAUACAUAGAAAAUAUAUAUAUAUAUUUUGUUAUGUUACUUAAAGGGUCAUCCUUUAAAUUGUAUGUAAGUAGCUGUGGCUGUCCGAACUUUGUGGAUUGUUAACACUCGCAAAUACUGAGCUCCUGUACAUACCUACAGUUCAAGCAGAAGGAAUUUAUUUUAUGUUUUAGCAUGUAAUUUAUGUAUUGUAUGUCUGAAUAGGAACAUAAAAUUGAAAAAAUAAAGACUGCUAAAUUAUCAGAAACCAAGGUUGUAAAAUAAAUGUUUUCAAGGCAAAAAAAACCA